AAACAAGAUGCGCUGUGAAUCAAGACAAUCUGAUUACGUGUACUUUUGUUUUAAUGUUUUCAGAAAUUGAGAGGAAAACCUCUACACAAUAUUUAAAAAAUACACACUAGUGUUCCGUUCCAUUCAUUUGUUUUGUCAGAUCAAAAGCGCAGCAAGAUUUAUUGAUUCUGAACGAAAAACAAAGAUACAAACUGAGACAAACAAUGGCAAACUGGCAAGCUCAAAACCUAUAUGCAUUAGUAUUUAAAAUCGAGAGAACCAUUCCUUUAGGUCGACGUUUAUAUACAGUUGAUAUUUGCUGCAGUGAGAACGAUGAAGUAUGUAUUUCGGCUGUGAAUAGCGAUGGAAGAUGUAAAGUAGACAGAGUGAAAAUGUUCUCUCCGUCUGGAUUGUACAUAGCAAUUAAAACUAAUAAUUGGUUCACUGAUUUUAUAUAUGGAACCGAGGAUUCGGUAUUUAGCCAAAGAACAGACGAUAAUAGAUGUUAUAAAAUCUGGCCUGAAGCAUGCGUACAAGAAGAAGACCCUACAGCGUUCGGGAGCUUACCUAAGCAAGGUUUUUCGCCUCAAGGUCUUGCAUUCCGGAAAUUAGGUGGCUUUCUGAUUUGUCUUUGGAACAAUAAAGUUGGUCAACGAAGUUAUGGGAAGGUAAUAGUGUUGGACGGAAACCCUAAUUUUCAAAUUUUCAGGGAUAAGAGCACCCCUCUGUACGUCUGUCCCACCUAUAUAGCCGAGAACGGCAAUGGAGACAUCUGUGUCUCUGACGUCAGAGCCGUUGUUGUCACGGACGCCGGCGGCAUGUUAAGAUUUCGUUACCACGGAUUGUCCAGCGACAUUUUUGAUCCGUAUGGCAUAUGUUGCGAUUCAUCGUGUAACAUAAUCGUUGCAGAUAUGAAAAACAACAAAAUCAGUUUAAUCGACAAAGAUGGUGCCUUCCUUUAUCAUGUGACCUAUGAGGGAAUGAAUAUGCCGCGAGCUCUAUGCAUCGAUGAAGAUGACAACAUGUAUGUUGGAGAAUGGGAUUCAGAUGCAGUCAAAGUGAUUAAACGCUAACCUAGCAAGUUAUUUUAGUAUAAACAAUAAGGCUUUGUUUCAACAAAUGCUUGCGUUGUUAUAGCCGUUUAAAUGUUUAAGUGGAACCAUUGCUUGGUGUACUGCAUAUUAUCUCCAAAAAUCACGUCUUUUGAUCAUAUUGUUUUAUUAUUUUCUAAGAAGAUAUGAUUCUGCUCGUUUCAAAUGGAGAAAAAAACGGUGCUCUUGAAAGAUAUAAACGUUUAAACAAUAAUAAAUGUUUAUAAUUAGGUAUCUAAAUUUGAUUUAAAUGUUGAAACACGUCAAUAUUAUUUGCUUUGAUAAGAAAUCUUCAUGGAAUUUGUUUUGAUAUCCUAGCUACUUCAGAUAACAAAAACACAUUCCAAUAUAGUUAUGGAUGUAGACGAGGAAUGUUUCCUUGAAUGAAAUGAUAUUUAAAAAGUAAAUUGUAAUUUGUUUGACAUUUCUAAACAUAUAUAUUUAUUUGUCAAACUUACACUUUAACCCAGUAUUGUGAAAUGAGAACGUAUUGCGCACUUUAAAUGUAGACGCAUUUAGCACACCUGUCCCUGGACGCUGGAAUUAAUAGUGCACAAACAUUUUCCAAUAUGUUUUCAUUUUUCUUGUUUUUAAAUGUUUUGUUGGCUUCAAUCUUUUUUUUAAUUAUACAAUUAUAGCCUUUUUGAUGAGGUCAUUACAUGGUUUUAUAGACCUGAUGAGAGUAUAUCGACCAAGAGCGAAGCCUAUAAUGACCGAUAUCAAAAGGCUAUAACUUUACUUUUAUCAUAAAAAAUAAAAAAAACUCAUUCUCUUCAAGUGUGAAAUAUUUUGUUCCUUAUGAAAAGGUGAUGAUUUUGCUAUUAUGACGUCAUAAUGUGCGUGCCGUAGUAUUUUGUCAUGAAAAGCUAUGUAUAGUAUAGUGAGGUUUAUUAAUUUUCUUUUUUCUAGCAUAGUAAGAUCUGUAACAGAUUUAUAGCACGGUCAUGUGACAGUAAUCUACCAAUGAUAUGCUUGGGAAAAAAAAGAUAUGAUAAUUAUACUUCAAGUGUGCGCUUACGUAAUUUUGGAUGAUCGAUUUUAUUAUUUGUUAAUAUAUUAGCAUUGGUAAACAUCGCGAAUAAUAAAUUUUGUUAUCAAAGACGUUGAACAAUUAUUCAAUUUUAUUGAAUACCUUUCAUCAGCACUUUCAAAAGAGAGAUUUUCCCCAUGCCACGUCUUUUAAGAUCAUCGAUGUGAAAAGGGGAUCAACUGUAGCGGUCUUCAACGAUUAAAUCUAAUGGUUGUAUAAUUUCGUUUCGUCUGGUUUGCAGACAUUUUUUGAAAUAAUAAAAUUCU